AUGUCCGACUGUGCUCGCCGUACUUGUGUUUGCGAAGAACCUGGUCCUAAAAUCCUACCGGAUUCCGAGUAUCCUUCUUGGCUUUUUGAACUCGACUUACGACCUCCACGCGCUCUUGAAGACCUGGAUCCUGAGAAGGAUGGCUGGUUAUACUGGAGAGCUCUCCGAAUUCGUCAGAUUGAGCAAAAUCGAAGGAUUGAAAAGUUGAAAACAAAGUUCCUUCAUCUUCAAAACAGCCCAAGUAUGAAGAAAUUCAGUAAAUUUUGA